AUGAGAGUUCUCACAGUCCUCGCAGCAUUAUGUGCCUCAGCGCUGGCAGCAACAUCAGAUUUCAUAGACAGCACAACCGUCUACAUCCAACAGAUUGACGCAAUCUCACCCCCAGCACCUCUCGCCGACAUCAAAUACAACCCAUCAACCCUCUCCGCCGAGCUCGUCAGCUUCGACGCCCCAGAGAUAGAACCCGAGUCCAAACUACUACGAGUAGGAAUCUACGAUGUCGCGACCUCGAGCUGGAAAUCCUCGACCUCGAUAACGUCUGUAGAGACGUUUGCGAAAGGCUAUUCACCAACAUUGGUCCUGUCACUAGAUGCGCAAGGAGGUGUCAUUGGAGUGAGCUGCAAGAGUGGGAAGAUAGAUGCAGGGCAAACGAGGGAUUUUGGUCCCAAGAUCAAGGUCAGGAAGACGGUUAAGGGGAAGCUUCCUGAGUUGAAUAAACCGGUUGUUUUGUCUCCUGAAGGAAAGGUUGCUACGCCUGAGCCGGAGAAGACUUUGCUUCAGAAAUAUUGGUGGGUUGGAUUAGCUGCUGUUAUGCUGCUUAUGACUGCCGGAGGUGGCUCAGAAUAA